AUGGGCUUUAAGGAAAACUUCUCGGAGAUUGAUCCUGUCACUUUGAACCUCUGCAUCCUUAUCGCCAGCUAUGUUAUCUUGCUUCUGGUGUUCCUGAUAUCUUGUAUAAUGUAUGACUGCCGGGGCAAGGAUCCAACCAAGGAGUACGCGCCGGACCCUGUGCCGACCCAAUCCCCCAUCAGACUGGUGGUGAUGCAGCAGACCACCCCUUCUCCGCAACAUCAACGCUGGGACCAGACCAAUAUGGUCACCUCAUAUGAGCCUCAGCCCAGUCCAGACUUCAGGGAGAAGAAGAGCACCAUGGUCUAG